CUGCGCCAAGCAUUUUGAUCUUGUCUUCAUGUAAUGGCUAAAGCGACUCAGUCUACCACUGAGACAACCUCCAAAGAGACACCGAACUUGAGGAAAGGCAAGAAGCAAAAGGUUUUCGUAGAAAGAAAAGACGCAGCCCUCGCAUUGGCAACGUCAAUCGCUGAGGCGCAGGAGGAGAAAUCAAAAGAUAAGGCUGCGAGACAUCAUCAGCACGAGCUAGCACAAAAGACUAGCGGCGCUUCUGGCCGCAAACAUGGUUCUGUAUCUUCGAAGGAUAGACUGAAACAAGCUAAGGCAGCUAUUCUUGCCGAAAAGUCUCAGGCGAAGAAGGAAAAGGCCAAACAGAAGCAAGCUAAAUUGCGCACGAAGCCAGGAGAAGGAGUUUCUUCUUCAAUUGAGAAGGGAAUCGCUAAACUCCAGGAAAGGUCUCGCAAGAGCGUAUCGUUUGUCUGAUUUAUUCUGGUCUUGGCGUCCGUUCCUCCGAAUACGUUCGUAUCGGUCAGAACCAGUUUCAUAUGGAUUCAAGUUCUCCACCAGGGUUUCACAACCAGAAACUGUGUCAAUCAUCUCAGGCGCACUCAUCAUCUACUUUCCCUGAGUUCUUCGGAGCUAGCAUGCAUCAUUCCAGCAUGGUAGGUAAUCGAUCUCUUGGACUUUAUCAUAGCACGCUGUCUGACAUCCCUUGAAGCUGGCAUGGCAGUGCUUACCGGUCAUCUUUUGCUCUCACAAUCCGCCUCGAGGAUAUCGCUGUGUCUAUGUUGCGAUAGAACAUGAGUUGGCAUGGGUUCGUACGCAUGGGGUGGAAGCCUUAUAUUACCUUGAGGACCGUGAAAUGAACACAGAUGUACUGGAUUCUCGAUGUACAUAUCCUUCUUGGUUCACGAACUGCAAUAUCGGCUCACCCUUGUAUGUUAUUCUAUUGGGCGGGAACCAGUACUCAUUUCACAAGCGACGCCUAACCAUUUGGACAAUAAUCCAUCAUGUACAUACUGGGAAGUCGGAUUCAACCAGCGGUGAACGCAAGGUGCUUUUGCUC